AUGGCGCUCGGGGAUGGUUCUGGACUCAUGCUGAACUCCUGCCUGGUGGAACGCGAUCGUCCUGUCAGGGGUUCUCUCCGUUCUUCGAGGCGAAGGGGCCACCAAACUGCUAGGGAGUUGUUCUCGGAGGAUCCAGCUGAGGAUACCGAGGGUUCUGAUGCUGGUUUGGACGAAUCUGAGGCUCCCGAGGUUCGAGCUCCCGUCCGGAGUCCGACAAUCGGGCAAAUGGGGGCGCCGCUUCUGCCUCCGAGUAGCUCGCUUCUCUCGAAGCGCCAGCGGGAGGCAAUGGCCGAGAGUCCUCGAUCGGAGGCGGCUAAGAAGGUCCGUCGUGAUGAGAUGGCGGAAACCGUCCGAACGACGGAAGGUCAGGAUGAUGUUCCCCCGGUAAGCAUUCCUGGAGCAGCGCCGUCUGGAUCUGGAGCUGCACUGCCUGCCUUUUCUGCUGCAUCGGGGGCGGUUCUGGCGACUACGAGAGACGCUUCUCCGCAAUCUGGCGAGAGGCCACCGACGGGAGCUCCAGCGGCUUCUGUGUCCGCAUCAGGAGGCGCGAUUGAGAAGGUGAUCUCCAUUCCUUCCGACGAGGAAGAGGAGGCUGGAAACGAGGAGGAGCCCCCUAGCCCAGUUGACCCUAACCGUGAGGUCGCAGGUGAGGAGGGUGCUCACUCUUGGGCGAAUCGCUCAUCUGAGGAGGAUGACAAUGUCUCGGUUCACGAGGCAUUGUCCAGCGAGGAAGAUGAUUUGGCUCUUGAGGACGCGUCUGGCCAAAUAGGGGGAUCUCCUGCUCCUGCGAAAGCGUCGUCUGGGGGUCGUUCAUCGGCGCGGGGGUCUCCGCUUCAACGGGAGGCUCCUACUCUGCAGAUGACCAUUUCUUCGUCGGCGGCGGCCGUUGAUGUUGUGACCACUGCACCGAGGGCGUCAUUGGUCGCACCGGCUCCUGUGGUGCCCGUUACCACUCCUACGGUUACAGUUACAGAAUUCAGGGAAGUUCUUGAACACGAUGCGUCCUUCUUACGUAAGAGGCUUGGUGCCACCGCGGCGAGGCCCUAUUUUCAGCAUCUGAGCGAAGUGGAGGGUGCUGUCCGGCAGCUGCUCGCUCUUCGUGCGGAGAGUUCCACUCUUGUUGAUCUCGCCUCCCGCGAAGUUCGAGUGGCUAUGGCAGAUCGUGAUCGCCGCCUGAACGAGAACAUGACGCUAGAGUUGAAGUUGUCAGCAGAGUCGGAGCAGGUCAAAGCCGAGGAUGCACGGGUGGCCCGCGAUGAAGAAACGGUCGAUAGCCAGUUCUCCCGACUCUCCUUCGAAGUAGAGAGGCUGAAACAGGUUGUAGCCGAAGCACAGGCUGCCCUGGCCAUUCAAGAGAAGGCUCGUGCUCACGUGGCAAAAGAGUUGGAGGCUGUUAAGUCCCGCCGGCGAUUGACCACUGAUUCUGUUAAGGAGAAGGAUCGAGCUCUCAAGAAUGUCAGGGAGACCAUUCAAGACUUGGUUUCGUGCACAGAGGAAGACAUUCGUCGAGAGGUCCUAAGGAGGCUGGAGCUCCGCCAUGCUGAAGAAAUUCGUGAGGCGGAACUGAGAUUGAAAUCCCUGUAA